UUAUGCCACGCUCUCCAGCAGCGCGUGGAGGGUGGCUACUCCUUCCCCUCUCCCUCCCACCACCGGGACACGUGGUCACCACCCAACUCUCACUAAACCCUCGAUCCCCUUCUCUCUCUCUGUCCUCACUUCUUCACUUCACUCUCUCUUUCUCUCUCUAAAAAUCAGGGCUUUUUUCGUUUCUUUUUCCUUCUGUAAACCCUAGAAAUUUUGAGUCCCUUUUUUUUUUUUUCCAUUUUUAAUCCAAACCCUAGAGAGCGACUUUUUUGGCUGGUCCAAUGGCGGAGUUGCAGCCACCGGAGGGUCAGAUCAACGGCGGAGCGGCGGCGGGGGUUUCGUCGGAGAAUAUUGGGGGGAAGCGACAGAGGAGGCCAAGCGUCCGAUUGGGGGAUAUCGGGGAUCAGCCGUACGAUUCGCAUGUGAAUCGGCGGAGCAACAAGCAGUGGAAGCUUCCAAUGGAGAGCGAUGCCAAGUACAGGAAGGAGUCUGGGAAUAUAGGUAAGGCCUCAAAGACUCGGCCUUUGAUGAAUUUGAGCACUGGUGGGGGUGAGUUCAGCGAAGCCCUAGAGGGUGAGGAUAAGGAGGGCAACUUGGAUUCUGUUGCGAUUGGGAGUUGGAAAGUGAAGGAUUCGAAGAAGCGAGGCCCCGCGACGAAGCGGGUGAGAUCGAAUUGGGUCUCCAAGGUGGACGAAGGAGGUGGCGGGGGUGGCGGAGGCGGAGGCGGCGAAGGGGAUGAGAAGUUCAGCGGAGGCGAAGACGUGGAUGAUGGGUUUAGGGAUUUCGAAAACGAGGAUUCUGAUAGCCCAUUGAAGGAGCAAAGCCCAAUUCAUUCUCUGGAGAACAUGGCAGUUGACCAUGGGAAUGACAGGGAGGUCCUGUUUCAUGGGCAGAGGAGGCCCAUGCGGACUAGGGUUUCAGAGGGCAGGGACCAUGAGGGGGUAGAAUUAGAGGGCCCAUCCGAUACAGAUGCCAGAAACUGGAAUGCAGAUAGGAAUGGGAAUAGUGGGAGGGGGCGGUGUCAGUCCAGAGAAGAUGGGGUUAGAGACUGGCUGAAUGAAUUGGGGUUAGGGCGGUAUGCGCCGGUGUUUGAGAUCCAUGAGGUGGAUGAGCAGGUAUUGCCAAUGUUGACAUUGGAAGAUCUCAAGGACAUGGGAAUAAAUGCGGUUGGGUCGAGACGUAAAAUGUACUGUGCAAUUCAGAAGCUAAACAAGGGGUUUUCAUGAGUUUUCUUUAUCAGUCAGUGAAUGUAAUGACCAGAAAAACUCAGCCAUGGAAAUCAAAAGGGGUUUGAGCUUUUGGUAUAUUUUCUCUCAAUCUAAUCUAGUAGUCUUGGAAUGGAAUUGCUCUUUUUCCUAAUGUUUUUGUUUUUGUCACAUAUACAUUUCGGUCCACUACUGCAAUUUGCUGAAGUAGUUCUAGAAAUUUUUUAUUGUCAGACUACAAUGAGGAAAUACCAAGAGAAUCCGUUGAGAUA